AUGGCCGUGCAGGUGCCCCUGUGGCACCACUACCUGCACGCGGUCCGGUCGCGAGCGGUGCCCCGAGCCCAGGACUUCCAGCGCGCGGAGGACGUGUUGCUCACGGUGCUGGAGCGCGUGCACGCCCUGGACCCCCGCUUCCUAGUCGACUACUCCCGCGACCUGGGGGCCUUCCAGUUUGCGCUGCGCUCCUCGGAAGAGCCCCUGGCCCUGGAGGUGCCCCUGGGGCUGGAUGCCGAGGCCCUCCUGAUUGAAGAACUGAGUGCCGCCGAGCCUGCGGAUGGCCCUGCCUGCUGCCGCCUGGGCGUCCCCAGAGAAGGCGCUGGCCUGGAGCGGUGGACGACAGACGACGUCUUCAGCGCCUCUGCGGAGAGCGGCGCCGACUGCCGAGGCCACAUCGUGCCCAGCAAGGUCCUGCGUGUCCUCAGGGACCUCCUGGUGGCCGCCACUGUGUACUGCAAGCACCACAGCCUCAUCACGCCAGGCUCGCUGAAUGCAUCCAGCCUUCGGGAGGAGGAGCUCCGCUUGUCGCUGCUGGUGUCCAGCGGCUGGAGGACAAUCCACUUCAACGUGGUGCCUGUGGUGAGGAGGAGGUGCAGGGUACCCACCUCGGAGGGGACCCCACUGGCGACUGGCUUCCCUGAAGGCAGCCUGGAGAGAAUCCUGGACCAAGGGGUGGACCUGGUGCCGGCCGGCGCCCAGCAUUGGAGGGCCUCCACUGACCACCUGCUGACGAGGCUGCUGGGCGCACUGGGCUCCCUCCCCGGCCACCGCCUGGACAGCCUCUCCAUCCUGGACCGGGUCAACCACGACAGCUGGCGGGACUGCGGCCGGAGUGCCGGCCUGGCCUUCAGCCACAUGAAGACGGUGCUGCUGUGGGCCUCCGUGCUCUUCCCAGCGCCUGCGGACUGGGCUGACCUGGAGGGCGCCGUGUACCGCCUGCUGGUGGUGCUACUCUGCUGCUUGGCCACCGGGAACCUGCCACACUUCCUGUGGCCAGGCCAGAACCUACUGCAGGCCAGCGGCCUGGACCUUGGCAGCCUGUACCAGCGUGUGGAGGGCUUCGCCAGCCAGCCCGAGGCGUCUCUGCGCAUCCACGUCACACACCUGGGCUGCAGCCCCCCGCCGCGCAUCGACAAUGGCAUCAAGGCCCUGCUGCAGCUGCCCGCCAGCGACCCGGCCUACUGGACCACCGCCUACUUCGACAUCCUGCUGGACAAGUUCCAGGUCUUCAACAUCCAGGAUAAGGACCGGAUCGCGGCCAUGCAGAGCAUCUUCCGGAAGACCAAGACCCUGUGCGGUGAGAAGAGCUGA